CAGGUGAUUAUCCUAAUUAAUGUCUAUCUAAUUAAAUUACUGUCAGCAGUUAACCAAUGGCAGGAGCCGUUUCAUCGGCUGCACAAGCAGCAAGAUCAAAAGUGAGCCUUUUCUGAUUGCUGCAUAGUGUCAAUUGGCCAAUCUCUUCUCCCAGGGAAAAAAAAAAAGUAAAUCAAACCUUUGAGAAGCAUUUGCUGGUUGAAGUGCUUUCUGUCUAGUGAGGGGGUCUGUGGAUUUCUAGUUUAUGAUAAAUAGGACUUUAAAAACCAGGGACAGGAGGGCGAGUGUUCAGGUUCUAGAGCUAUGCAGCUGGAGCACUGCCUUUCUCCUUCUAUCAUGCUCUCCAAGAAAUUUCUCAAUGUGAGCAGCAGCUACCCACAUUCAGGCGGAUCUGAGCUUGUCUUGCACGAUCAUCCCAUUAUCUCGACCACUGACAACCUGGAGAGAAGUUCACCUUUGAAAAAAAUUACCAGGGGGAUGACGAAUCAGUCAGAUACAGACAAUUUUCCUGACUCCAAGGACUCACCAGGGGACGUCCAGAGAAGUAAACUCUCUCCUGUCUUGGACGGGGUCUCUGAGCUUCGUCACAGUUUCGAUGGCUCUGCUGCAGAUCGCUACCUCCUCUCUCAGUCCAGCCAGCCACAGUCUGCGGCCACUGCUCCCAGUGCCAUGUUCCCGUACCCCGGCCAGCACGGACCGGCGCACCCCGCCUUCUCCAUCGGCAGUCCCAGCCGCUACAUGGCCCACCACCCGGUCAUCACCAACGGAGCCUACAACAGCCUCCUGUCCAACUCCUCACCGCAGGGCUACCCCGCGGCCGGCUACCCCUACCCACAGCAGUACAGCCACUCCUACCAAGGAGCCCCGUUCUACCAGUUCUCUUCCACGCAGCCCGGACUGGUACCCGGCAAAGCGCAGGUGUACCUGUGCAACAGGCCCCUCUGGCUGAAAUUUCACCGCCACCAAACGGAGAUGAUCAUCACCAAACAGGGAAGGCGCAUGUUUCCUUUUUUAAGUUUUAACAUUUCUGGUCUCGAUCCCACGGCUCAUUACAAUAUUUUUGUGGAUGUGAUUUUGGCGGAUCCCAAUCACUGGAGGUUUCAAGGAGGCAAAUGGGUUCCUUGCGGCAAAGCGGACACCAAUGUGCAAGGAAAUCGGGUCUAUAUGCAUCCGGAUUCCCCCAACACGGGGGCUCACUGGAUGCGCCAAGAAAUCUCUUUUGGAAAAUUAAAACUUACAAACAACAAAGGAGCUUCAAACAACAAUGGGCAGAUGGUGGUUUUACAAUCUUUGCACAAGUACCAGCCCCGCCUGCAUGUGGUGGAAGUGAACGAGGACGGCACGGAGGACACCAGCCAGCCUGGCCGCGUGCAGACAUUCACUUUCCCCGAGACUCAGUUCAUCGCCGUCACCGCCUACCAGAACACCGAUAUAACACAAUUGAAAAUAGAUCACAACCCCUUUGCAAAAGGAUUUCGGGAUAAUUAUGACACGAUCUACACUGGCUGCGACAUGGACCGCCUGACCCCCUCGCCCAACGAUUCCCCGCGCUCGCAGAUCGUGCCCGGGGCCCGUUACGCUAUGGCCGGCUCUUUCCUGCAGGACCAGUUCGUGAGCAACUACGCCAAGGCCCGCUUCCACCCGGGUGCGGGCGCGGGCCCCGGGCCGGGCACGGACCGCAGUGUGCCCCACACCAACGGGCUGCUGUCGCCGCAGCAGGCCGAGGACCCGGGCGCGCCGUCGCCGCAGCGCUGGUUUGUGACACCGGCCAACAACCGGCUGGACUUCGCCGCCUCGGCCUACGACACAGCCACGGACUUCGCGGGCAACGCGGCCACGCUGCUCUCCUACGCGGCGGCGGGCGUGAAGGCGCUGCCGCUGCAGGCGGCGGGCUGCACCGGCCGUCCGCUCGGCUACUACGCCGACCCGUCGGGCUGGGGCGCGCGCAGCCCCCCGCAGUACUGCGGCGCCAAGUCGGGCUCGGUGCUGCCCUGCUGGCCCAACAGCGCCGCGGCCGCCGCGCGCAUGGCGGGCGCCAACCCCUAUUUGGGCGAGGAGGCCGAGGGCCUGGCCGCCGAGCGCUCGCCGCUACCGCCCGGCGCCGCCGAGGACGCCAAGCCCAAGGACCUGUCCGACUCCAGCUGGAUCGAGACACCCUCCUCCAUCAAGUCCAUCGACUCGAGCGACUCGGGGAUUUACGAGCAGGCCAAGCGGAGGCGGAUCUCACCCGCCGACACGCCAGUGUCGGAGAGCUCGUCGCCGCUCAAGAGCGAGGUGCUGGCCCAGCGGGACUGCGAGAAGAACUGCGCCAAGGACAUAGGCGGCUACUACGGCUUCUACUCGCACAGCUAGGCCGGCCCUGCCCGCCCGGCCCCGCGCCCCGCCGCCGCCCGGCCCCCCAGCCAGCCCCUCGCAGCUCUCCCCAGCUCUUCCUCCCCACGGCCCACCUCGCGCACCCCCUCCUGUUAUUUGGCCCUCGAAUACCGUCUGCAACGAAUAAGCACAGGUCUCCGAGUGCGAUUUUAACCUUUUUUUGCACAGCAGUUUCUGCAGUUAGCACACCGACCUUCAACUUUGCUGUAAACCUUUUGGUUUUCCUCCUUACUCUCCUUCUGUGAAGUUAUACUCCUAACAAGCCUCCUCCCUCUCGUCUUUUUCUCACCCUCUCCUUCUCUUUCUUGUAAUGAAACUCUUCACCUUUAGGAGACCUGGGCAGUCCUGUCAGGCAGCAGCGAUUCCGACCCUCCAAGUCUCGGCCUCCCCAUUAAACCGUAGGAUGUUGACUCUAGAACCUGGACCCACCCAGCGCGUCCUUUCUUAUCCCCGAGUGGAUGGAUGGAUGGAUGGAUGGUAGGGAUGUUAAUAAUUUUAGUGGAACAAAGCCUGUGAAAUGACUGUAUAUAGUGUUAAUUUAUUGUACCGAAUGGCUAGUUUUUAUUUUCAUCGUCAAGGCACAAAACCAGUUCACGCUUAACCUUUACAUUCUUUUCCUUUCUUUGCCAUUUUCUCCACCCCCCUCCACUUUAAAAAAUUGCCUUGUGAGAUAAUUAACAAUAUUCUAAGAGGCUCUGGAAACGUGAAAUACUUGAUAGAUAAUGAUGGGUUUCUCACUUCUCCUCAAUCCGUUGCAUGAAAUAAUUACUCUGUGCCCUAAUGCACACAAAUAGCUAAGGAGAAUCCGACCAAACACCUGUAAAGG